UCUCUCUCGUGUUCCUCUUUUGAAUUUUCCCGAGAAAAUAAUUAAUUUUCCCCCGAACCCAUCCGAGAAAAUCCAAGGUGGGCUCUGAUCCGUCAACGUGAUUACGACAUCAAAUCCAAAGGGCGAAGCAUUAGAGAUUUCCUCGCCACGACAACCUCAUUCCCCUCCGUCUUCUUCUUCCUCUUCUUCACCGAGUCGGUUUCGUCUUCUUUUCUCUCACCCCGAAAACUGAGCUCGGAAUCUAUGCCUUUGAUUCGUUCUCACUAUUGUAUUAUUCCUUUCUGCUCCAAACUUCGGUGAUAGCUUGAAUUUGUCCGCACGGAUAAGCGGGUGAGAAAAAAAAAAGCCCUAUCUGGUCUCUGUCUCUGCGUUUGAACCCCUCUACGGAAUCUGUCGCCCUAACAAUGGCGUUGGAUCAGACAUCGGUCCCAAAAGAGCUAAGGCCGAUAAACGUAGCCACUCCGGUGUCGGAAGACCCGAGAAUAUCCGUACAUGCUGUACCGGGUCGACCCAUUGAAACUGGUAGCCCGAAUUCUGUGCCGGUUUAUUUUCCACCGACUUUACCGGAAUCUGGGUUCGUCGGUGCAGGUUACGGGACUCAGGUCCCCGGCGUCGCCACGUGGUGCCCUCGUCCUCUGGCUCCGGUAGGGCAUGUUGGAAUUGGUUCCGCAGGUGCGUUAGGUUAUGGACCCGAUUUGGGCAACAGGGUCGUUCUUAAUGCGCAUGAAAAUUGUAGCACCGAAUUUGGAGCUGGGUUUGGGUAUAAUCAGGGUUUGAGCAUGAGAGAUUGUAGCAGUGGGAGUGAGAGAUCAAAUGUUGAUGCAAUGAACAGGAACUGUGGUGAUGUAAAUCUUGGGAUUAGGACUAGUGGUAAUGGUGCUGAUACGGGUAUUGAAGAUGGUGGAGAUGAUUCGGUAUCAGGGAAAAAGGUGAAGUUUUUGUGCAGCUUUGGGGGCAAGAUUUGGCCUAGACCAAGUGAUGGAGUGUUGAGAUAUGUGGGUGGGCAGACAAGGAUCAUCAGUGUUCAAAAGAAUGUGAGAUUCAUUGACUUAGAGCAAAAAAUGUUUGAGGUGUAUGGUCAACCUGUCGUCAUUAAAUACCAGCUUCCUGAUGAGGAUCUUGAUGCAUUGGUCUCUGUUUCGUGCCCCGAGGAUCUCGAUAAUAUGAUGGAGGAGUAUGAGAAGUUGCUAGAGAGAUCUCCAGAUGGGUCAGCUAAGCUGAGGGUAUUUUUGUUUUCGGCUUCUGAGGUUGAGUCUUUGGGAGCAAUGCAGUUUGGAGAUGCACUCGAUAGCGGGCAGAGAUAUGUUGAGGCUGUGAACGGUGUUGUUGAUGGGAUUAACGGUGGAAUCACAAGAAAGGAGAGUAUAGCAAGUGCUAGUUCAAACCAGAACUCUGAUUACAGUGCUACAGAUGCUGUUGAUAGCUCGGGCCCUGGUCAGAGUGAUUUUGUUGCUGCUGCUGUGACCACAAGCACGUUCGCACCUCCGGAAAAUCUUGUUACUUCUAAUGACAAUGCUGCAAGAACGGUUCCCCUUCAUCCCGAUUCCUCGGCUUAUGCUGAUAAUUAUGCUAUACCGAUGGCUGUUCCUGUUGCUAGGGUUGGUCCUUCUCAGCCGGAGGUGGUCUCAGAGAAGCAGAUGCCACCGGUCAACAUCCAGCAACCGACAGCUGCACAGCCUCUACGUCACUCGCAGGCUUAUGUUGAUCCUCGUCUACAAGUAUUUAGACAACCGGAAUAUGCCCAUCCAUCAAACCAGCAUCAUUUGGCAAAUGCUGGUUCCAUGUUUACUCAACAACCUUUUCAAGGAAACGUUCAAAGUGUCUCGCCCCAUCAGUUCUUUCGCCCUGUCCACAUGACAUUUGCCCCUUCAACCACCCACUCGGGUGUUCGGCCAGUUGUGAUUCAGCCCGUGGUCCAGACUCAAGACACCUGGUCAGGUAACUAUCCCGAUGAAAACGGUCUCGGGGUUCCAAAGUUAGUCCCAUUUCCCACAGAACUGAACUACACUGCAUAUCAGGGAACAGUUGCACCCGGGAGUUAUGGAUGGGCUCAGAUGGCACCUCCAGACAAUGUUGUUCUCUCUGAAGGAAUAGUGCCUCGGCCCAUAAUUUCACCUGAAAAUACCCAAAGGGUAGAGGACUGUCAUUUGUGCCAAAAGGCAUUGCCUCAUGCCCAUUCAGAUCCAGUGGCACAGGAAAUAAGAGGCAGUGAUACAAGCUCCAUACCAGAUGCCACCUCCGUUUAUCAUACUUUUCAUCCAGAUGAUGCUAUGAGAAUCCAACCGAGCAACUUUACAGGCCAAAAGAGGAUCCCCAAUCAUCAGGAGAUGGAUAUUAUACACAAGGAAAAUGUCGGGACUGUUCGGGUUCAACCUUCUGAACAUGUUCCUCAGGAAACCAUGGGAGAGACUCCGAAACAGAUUCCAGUCAGUAUCCAAAAGGAAAAUCAUUUGAAUCCUGUCUUGCCCCAUGACUAUCAUAGACAACUAGGUGGAUUGAUGGAGAGUCUCCACAUAAAUGCUCCUGAAACAUAUACCAACCCCGAGAAUUUUGUCCCUCCAACCGAGAAGAUUGGCAAUGAAGGAAUUCCGGGGGAUAUGUUUCGAGAUAACACGUAUGGUCAACCUCCAUCAAUGCAUAACACGGAUCACACAAAGCCGAGGGAGAUGCUACCGAGUGCAAGAGUUGUUCUUCAAGGCCAUGAAUCUCAACCUAUAGAAUCAUAUGAGAAAGCUCAGUCACCAUUUUUAGGUAAUCAUGGUUUAUAUCCACAUUCGGUGGUUGGAGUCCAGCUCGUGAAUCCAUCAGAAACCCAAUUCAGGAAUUCCGUGUAUUCUGCCUACGAUGCUGCUGCUAAUUUACCGUCAUCCUUGUCAUCGAGUAAUGGUGAUGCAGAAGUUAAAGAUUCAUCGAACUCGCUCUUCAACAACCAGGACCCUUGGAAUAUGCAACAUGAUGCUCCUCCUCCUCUCAGACCUAACAAAAUUCAGAUUAAAAAGGGAGACUUUGUUGGUCAAGAUCAUUUUCCCGAGAACCCGUCUUUGUUGAGCGGUGUACCAAAGACAAGGACUUAUUUGCAAGACAGGAUUCCCCAGUCGGUAACCAUCUCGAAGGAGGAUGAUGUCAAAGCAGAUCAAUCAGUGUCCUCUAAAGGCGGCUCGGAGGAACGGAUAAAGCAAGAACUCCAGAAUGUUGCUGAGGGUGUUGCUGCAUCUGUUCUACAGUCGGGUACACCUUCGGAUGCUGAAUUUCCGAGCAACGUGGAUGAAUCCGUUCCCGAGGCUAAUACGAAAGUAGAAGUUUCUCUGAGCGGUGAUGCUAAUCAGAAGGAUAUGGGGAACCAAUUUCUAGAAAGACUGAAUUUCGGGCACAAUGUUUCCGAUUGUUUGGACCAAUUGCAGAUUAUAAAGGAUAGUGAUCUCGAAGAAUUGCGAGAACUAGGUUCUGGAACAUUCGGUACGGUUUAUCACGGGAAAUGGCGAGGCACAGAUGUUGCGAUCAAGCGGAUUAACGAUAGGUGUUUCGCUGGGAAGCCAUCUGAGCAAGAACGAAUGAUAGAUGAUUUUUGGAACGAGGCACGGAAGCUAGCAGGGUUGCAUCAUCCGAAUGUGGUCGCCUUCUAUGGCGUCGUGGUUGAUUCGCCCGGAGGUGCUGUGGCAACUGUAACAGAGUAUAUGGUUAACGGUUCUUUAAGAAAUGCCUUGCAGAAAAAUAUGAGGAACUUUGAUAAGCGAAAACGUUUACUGAUCGCCAUGGACAUUGCUUUCGGGAUGGAGUAUCUGCAUGGCAAGAAUAUUGUACACUUUGAUCUGAAAAGUGACAACUUGCUCGUAAAUCUUCGUGAUCCUCAUCGCCCGAUAUGCAAGGUCGGUGAUUUAGGGCUUUCGAAGGUGAAGUGCCAGACAUUGAUAUCGGGUGGUGUCCGUGGAACACUCCCGUGGAUGGCACCAGAGCUUCUCAAUGGAAUCAGUAGUCUCGUCUCCGAGAAGGUCGAUGUGUUUUCCUUCGGAAUUGUCCUCUGGGAACUUCUAACCGGCGAAGAACCCUACGCUGACUUGCACUACGGAGCAAUCAUAGGUGGAAUAGUUAGUAACACGCUGCGGCCGCCAAUCCCUGACCUCUGUGACUUGGACUGGAAACUGCUGAUGGAGAGAUGCUGGUCUGCGGAGCCAUCGGAGAGGCCGAGCUUCACGGAGAUCGUUAACGAGCUUUGCUCCAUGGCCUAGAACAUAUCACCUUCCUUCCUUCUCUAAAGGGCAACCUUAAACAUAUGUUCUUCUCUAUGGUCUGAACAUUUCCAUAUUUGGUUUUAGCCAUGUUUGAGAAUCUCACCCACAGGAGGAGAUAGUGUUUCACACAAAUGGAAAAUGCUUUGUUCAUAAAGGUUUUGUCUUUCUCAGUAUAAUACAAUUUCGGAUUCA